UGAUCUCGUCCUUCCGGUGCCCCCAUAGCCCCGCUCCCCUCCCGAUGCUGCUAGCACCGUCGGGCUUGGCUGUGGGAGCGUAAUGGCGGUGCACCGGGGACCCUCAACGAAAUGGCUCUUCUCCCGGGAGCAGCUGGAAAACACGCCGUCACGACGCUGUGGGAUCGAGGCCGACAGGGAGCUCUCGUACCGGCAGCAGGCGGCCAACUUGAUCCAGGAUAUAGGCCAGAGACUCAACGUGUCUCAACUUAUUAUUAACACCGCUAUAGUAUAUAUGCAUAGGUUUUAUAUGAUCCACUCCUUCACGAAAUUCCAUAGAAAUAUCAUUUCCCAGACUACGUUGUUCCUGGCAGCCAAAGUGGAGGAGCAGCCAAGGAAGCUGGAACAUGUCAUUAAAAUAGCCCAUGCCUGCGUUAACCCACAAGAGCCGGCCCUAGACAUUAAGAGCAACGCAUUCCAGCAGCAGGCACAAGAGCUUGUAGCACUGGAAACAAUAGUGCUGCAGACGCUGGGUUUUGAAAUUACAGUUGAUCAUCCACACACAGAUGUUGUGAGAUGUUCCCAGCUAGUGCGAGCAAGCAAGGAUUUGGCACAGACUUCCUAUUUCAUGGCUACCAACAGUUUGCACCUCACCACCUUCUGCCUCCAGUACAGGCCCACAGUGGUCGCGUGUGUCUGCAUCCAUCUGGCGUGCAAGUGGUCCAACUGGGAGAUCCCCGUGUCCACAGUUGGCAAACCCUGGUGGGAGUACGUGGACGGCACUGUUACAUUACAACUGCUGGACGAGCUAACACACGAGUUCCUUCAGAUCCUGGAGAAGACGCCCAGCAGGCUAAAAAGGAUAAGAAACUGGAGGGCCAUACAAGCUGCUAAGAAGCCAAAGACUGAUGGUCAGUCAGUGGAUAACACCUACCAGGGCACGUCCCUCGACGGCCUCCCCGGUGUUUCCAACUCCUUCUUCCCCUCCACGUCUGGCUCCGACUCUUCAGACAUGCCCUCCCUGAGCUCCAUCACAGCCUCCUACGCCUCUUACGAGCCGCUGAGCGACAACUCAAAGUCCUGCGGCUACGACCAGUUCUCCGAACCUCACCAUCCAGACUUCACUCUGGUUAAACACGAACACAAAGCCGCAGGCGGGUCUAGCAGUAAAAACCAGCAGCAGCUCGGGACAAAUGCCGCCACUUUUUCGCGGCCACAGAAAGUCUUGACUCUUGAAAAGUACAGAGAGAAACACGCGGCGGCAGAGCUCGCUACACAGAACGGAAUAAAAGACGAGCAAGGUGCAGACAUGUACGUACCCCCUCCUCCCCUCACCUCGCACCAUCACAAGAAACGCUCCCAACAGCAGGCCGGCCAGCCGGGUGAAGGCAGGAGGGAAAAGUCCAGCUCUAAAAAGAGCCGGCUGCAGCCUGCUUUUACUGAAAACGGCUCUGCUACCAGCGAGGAGCUCAAAAUGCGAAUCAAAGUUUCAUCAGAGCGUCACGGAGGCUCGGAUCAAGGCGGCGCUCUGAGUGGGAAAGACAAACACAAAGAGCACGGCAGCCACCGCCACUCAAAACACGGCCACUCGCACGCUUAUUCAAUUAGCGGCAACGGCAGAGGGACAAUAGAGAACGCUUCCUUGUCCUUACGAGCGCCCGUCGGCCACUGCAACGACGUGGGCUCGUCGGGCUCGUCCCGGAAGAGGCCCCACUCUGACGCCGGAAACCACAACAACCACCACCACCACUCGUCCAAGAGCAGCAGGAGCUCCAAAGGAGGCCUGGGCUCAUCCCACUACGCAUCGGAGGGCGGCCCGAGGAUGGUGGAGCACCACGGCCAUGACGGAACCAACGGUAUGCUGACCACUAACGGCCAACACACUGACUACAAAGACACUUUCGACAUGCUGGACUCUUUACUAAGUGCCCAAGGAAUGAACUUGUAACCCUCCGAGAGUCCCGCGUUGUCUAGAUUAAGGUAUUACCAUGUUUAAUAGAAUUUUAAAAAAUGAAUUUAUUUGUCUUAAGUUAUGAGUUCUGCAUCGCCCUCAGUCGUGUCUCCACGCUGAUCAGUGACGAUACAUGUUGAGCUGUCAAAUGUAAAAUUAUAUGCAUAGAGCUGUGUACAACUAGCUUGCAACAAAAGAGAAACAAACCAUGAAGUUUUAAAGUAUGUGACUGAAAAAUGAGAUUUUAGACGUUCUUUUAACAUGACUUUACCGUGCAUGUUUCCAGUCACUAAAGGGAAGACGUAGCUAGUGUUCGCAGCCAUCGUGACCGUUUACGGACAGUUCUUUUCUUUUUUUUUUUUAUGUUAGGACAUUUUGUCCCACUAAAAAUCUCAGGUCUUGAACUUUUUUGAUAUAAGAACGAUUCUUCCUCUGUUUGGGUUUUACUACCUGUACACGUGGAGAUGUUAUCACCGAAGAGGGCAGAACUCGUCUCUGUCGUAGGAAUCAUGGUCUGCUAAUAUUUCAAAGAAUGCAUCGAUAGUUCUGAAAAGAGAGCGAUUUUACAAAUGUGAGGCCGGCUCCAUUUGCUGUCUUAUUAGCUGGGACUUCCAAGGCCGCACCUGAACUUACCGUGCAGACUCACUCUAGAGCUACAAAUGAAGUUUACGUUACAUCUGCUGUGAAAGUGCAUUUAAGAUAUAUCGGCUAAAAAUUGCAAAACGGCCUUGUGAUUGUACCUCGUCAAUCGCUAUCCAGUAUGAUCAAUGUUAAUUCUGUCAGAAAAUACAGAUCUCUAAAAUAAGAUUGUGUAUAUAGGACUGUAGUACAGAUUAAAAACUGUUGGUUUCUUGCAUCAGUCCAGACCUUCCUCCAUUCAGUGUAUCAUGAGAUCUAAAGCAGACUGUAUCGAUGAACAUAUCCUCGAUUUGUGUAUUGGGAGCCCAAAUAAAGGUGUAAAACUGA